AUGGUAAAAGGAAAUCAAUGGUACGGUUAUGAUAACGAGGAAACUAUCAGAAUUAAAAUGAAAUGGCUCAAGGAGAAGGGUUACGGUGGUGCCUUCAUAUGGACUCUUGAUUUCGAUGAUUUCAAGGGUACAAGUUGUGGUAAAGGUCCAUAUCCGCUAUUAAAUGCAAUCAAUAAUGAACUUGGAAGUGAG